AUCCUGGUGCAUAUUGGAAUCCUUCGUUUCUUAAGUAAGGAUCAGCAAACCAUGCCAUUACUGUUACUUGACUGUCAUGACAAGUGAAAGUGAUGUUGACAUUGGGACAGAAAUGACCAGUUGGUGGCUCCAAACAUGGCUGUCCACUGACACUAUCUUUUGGCAAAAGUUCACUUAGGAGAAGAAGAAAUGAU